GCUUAUUUGUUUUAGAAAGAACAAUUGUUGCUCUUAAUGCCUGUUUAUGUACUUGCAGCACAAAACGCAUAUCCCUUGUUUGACUUCUCAUCCUGAUUUCAAGAGCUAUCAGGCCAAGCGUUAUUCAUUGAUAAUAGUGCGUUUACUUACAUAGACAUUUUUCACUUACUGCACAUUGAACUUAAUACCUCCAAUCCUUCAACCCUAAAACCUCCAUGUUUCAGCUGAUAAAAUUGCUCUUUUCUAUGAGUAAAUAAUAUAUAAAUAAUAAUAAUAAACGUGAAUGAUAAAACUUUUCUGUGAUGUACAUUGUUGCACUUAGUGGGAAGACUUUUCAGGGACUUUACUUUUAAAAGAUUUAAUUAAACUUUAGGAAUAUAAAAUGAGAAAAUGUUACUGUUUUGCUUAUAAUUCAAUUAGUAGUUGUGUACUUUUCUGAAAUCAUCUGCUUUAGUAGAUAGUUUAGCUGGAUUAUAUCUAGUAGGCUACAUAAAGCAAGUAAAGCUACAUUUUGAAAACAGCAUUAUGAUUUCUGUAUUGUGAAAUAAUAGUGUUGGCUAUUUUUCAGGAAAACUUUACUUACCUUAUUAUGUAUUUCUCUCAUUAUGAAAAUGUGAGGGGGCUGGGCACAGUGGCUCAUGCCUGUAAUCCCAGCACUUUGGGAGACUGAGGCAGGAGGACUGCUUGAGCCCAGGUGUUCAAGACCAUCCUGGGCAACAGAGUGAGACCCCAUCUCCACAAAAAAGUUUUAAAAUUAGCCAGGUGUAGUGGUGCGCACCUGUACUUGGGAGGCUGAGACAGGAGGAUCACAUGAGCCCGAGAGGUCAAGGCUGCAGUGAGCUGUGAUCAUGCCACUGCAUUUCAGCCUGGGUGACAGAGCAAGACCCUGUCUCAGAAAAAAGGAAAAUGUGAGGGAUCUAGAUAUCAUGAUUAAUAUUUAACAUGGUUUAAUAUAUCUUGAUUUUAUUAACAUUAGAGACUAUAACAUUUAUAGUAGCUGUCUAAACCAAAUUUUGGGGGAAAAAUAAACCAGUCCCGUUCUGCUCUAUAUAUGAGCUCUUACAUGUUAUCCAGGUAAGACUUUGGAAUGUGAUUUCAAGUAACAAAGAUAUAUGUAAAUUAUUGUGACAAAUUUUAAUAUAAUAGCACAAAUCUUAAUGUGAAUCAAUAUAAAAAUCAGUUCAAUAAAAAAGGAAUUUAGUUAUUAAAUAAAUGGUAUAUACUUGAACAUAAUUAACUAGGGAAUAUUUUCCCAUAGCACUGUUUACUUCCGAACUGUGUCAUGGCCAUUUUCUCAUUCACAUUCCCACUCUAGUGUAAGUGGUGUGAGGACAGUGGUGGCUAUGUCUUUACAACAUCAUUUUUCCAGUGCUUACAUGUUGUUUGGCAGACAGUGAGCGCUAUUUUUUGAAUCAUUUAAUUUAUGAAUGAAUUAUUUGUGCAGUUUUAAAAAUGUACUACCCACCUCAAAUGUGAGGUUGUGUGUUGCUCCUCUUAGCUUUUCAUAAGCCUACAUAGAAUAAUAUUGUGCUAAUGAUUCAGAGUUAGAGUCUAACUAAGGUGAACUGAAUUAGAGCCAUUCUUUAUUAUGAAAAGUUCUGUAAGGAUCUUAGAGUGUUUAGAGAAAGGCACUCACAGAUCUCAAGGAAACUUUAUUAUUCAUAUUGCCAUGAAUAAGUAGUUUUCUAGGCUUACAUAUCAAGAGAGCUGCAGCUGCGAGUAAGACUCUUGGUCUCUACUAUUUCCCAGCCUAGUGCCCAAUCCACUGUUCAAGCGUGGUAAGUAUAAGACCAUUUUUCUUUCUCUUAUCAGUGCCUUAUUACAGCCUGUGUGCUUGAACACCACAGAAUCAGGUGCUUGUUGAAAUAUUUCAUGUCUUGAACAUGAAAAAUUGGCAUUGAUAUUGUGAUGUUGAUGGAUAUUUUUAAAUCUCUUUUUCUUUAUAGACAGUCAUAUAUCUAGUCAACUUAAUGACGGCCACAUACUGAGUUGCAUCUAAUAAUUGUUGAAUGGAUGAGUUACCAAUAGAGUUUUCAUUAUGAAAAGAUUUUUUUAAAAAAGAUUCAACUCUUAGGUUUAUAGAAUGAAUAUUGAGAUAAUGUUUUCUCAUUAAAGGCACAAAAGUUUCCUCCCACAUCUUUUAUGUAAAAGUAACAAAGAAAGUAUAAAGUUGUUUUUACUAGAACUGCCUUCUUCAUUUGGAGUGAGCACAGUUUUGUUCAUGUUCAAAUGAUUAUUUUAUGAGAUUGAAGAAAGACCGCUUCAUUUUUAACUCUGAUACUCUGACGAUUUUUCUUAUUUUGUAAAAUAGAGAAUGUUUAGAUUUUAUUUAAAUAAAACUAUUAAAUUUCCUGCAAAGACUAAGAGUUGGCUUGCUGAAUUUAUUUUCAAACAGUAUUUUUAAAAGGUAUUUUAAAAGUAUUUUAUCAGUAGAUAAAAAUCUGUGGAGGUGAUUUUGUUUAUUAAAUAUCUGGAGUCAGUGAGUACCACUCUUGGGCCUUGUGUUAACCGCAAGAGUACUGUAUGGUUAUUAGUAACUACUAAUAUUCAUGUCAGCAGUGCUGAGAGCCCCUCACUGGUAGGAAUACUUUACAUUUGGAGAACAGUUAGAUUUGAACUUGGGCUUCAAAAGGGAACGGCAAAAACACUCUGGGCUUCAAAGUGAUCUGCACUUUGCAUCGCAGAUACUGCUGAAGUAUCAGAUUCUUCAGUGGAAAAGUGUGGUUUCAACUGAAGGAUAGGGACCUACGUAGCCCCCCUUUUCCCAUUUAGUAUUCAAAAGAGUGCGGUCUCCGGACCUUCACAAAAUAAUUUCUUCGCGGAUCUCCCAGUGCCAGGUUCUGCCUCCGCAAGCCCUACGGAUCCCUUCCCAUUUUGAAGUAGUCGGCGGGGUUUCCGCGGUCUUUGAACCUGAGCUGCCCCUCUCCCCGGUGGCCGGACUCGGCCUGCUUUACGCUGAUGUCACCACAAGCUGUUACAUUGCAGCCUCUCGGCUUCGAGGUACCUCCCACUGAAACCGCUCGCCGACUCCCGGGAAGAAGCGAAGAGUCAGAAGAAAGAUGACUGCGAAGUUAAGUCACGGGAGGGCGUAGCACCGAAGUGGUAGAGAGCUGCGGCUCCGGAACGCCCGGCAGGCCCAGGGACGCAGCAGAUGGUGCCUGAAGAGAGAGGGCGUUGCUGCAAGCGCCCUGGCUGGAGAGGAUGCCUGCCGGGCAUCGUGGUGCCCUGAGGAGCCGCGGACAGCGCCGGAGCUCCCUUCCGGAGUUCUCUUUCUGCUGCCUCCACCGCCACCGUCUCUCUCUAGCCCCAGCUGAAAUGAAGGCCACACCGCGGCCACAGAACUUGGUUCAGUUUCAAAGGCUAAUGUAGUCCCUGGGUUUUCUGCUCAAUGUGAAUUACGCUGCCUGUGCCUUGGAGGAAGCCGUGGAGCUCUUCGUUGCUGCAAUUGCCUCAGGUGGAAUAAGCCUUCCUAAGGAGGACCAGAUAAGAAUCUUUGGAAAUGGCUUUUUUUUUUUUUUUCUUCCAGAAGCUUAGUAGUACACCAUGCUUUCUGUUUACUUAAAACGGUUGCUGGAUUGUACUGCCCUGAGUGUCUAAAAGUCUGGUGUUUUUUUUCUUUCUUCCUUUGAGUAGUUCUGAAUAGCAUUGAAGAAGCUUAAAACAGGAAGAAAACCUGCCUUUUCAAUCAAGUUUAUUUAUAGCUACUCCCCUCUCCAAAAAAAAAAAAAAGUAAAAGAAAAAUGUAACUUUCUCAUAACGUUAGACUUAACUUAUUUUUCUCUGAAGAUUUGUUCUGUGCCUUGAUGUGAACAAUACCAGGUCCCUGUGUUUGUCUUUUAAAUUUCUGGAGCAUGGUUUAUUUACUAGAAUGGUGGAGUUCUGCAAGCCAUCUUUAAGUGGAUUACAGUUAAUCAGAGCUCUGCCGAAAUUAACAUUCAGGCUGUUAAAAUGCUUGCUCAUUUGGAAAUUUUAAUCUGGAAAUAUCAGACUAAAAAGGGAAAUGGACUGACAAUGGAAUGUUCUGAGUGUUUGAGCCACUGUUAAGUGUGUGUUUGUUUAUUUUCUGUGUUUUGGAGUGUGUGGACGGGAACUUUGGGAGCUGGGAAAGGUGGACAAAGAAGAUUUUUGUUCUCUGUUAUUGAUGCACUUUAUUGUUUAGAAUCAUCCUAAAAUCAACCAGGUAAAAGGAUAGUUGCAUUUAUACUGAUGCACUGCUGAUGACCUUAAACACCUCAUGUAUUAUGACAUAUAUUAUUUGAGCAUGUGUCUUUAUGCUAAAGACACUCCAUAGCUCUGUUCAGAAGUAUACUUUCUUGAAAGAUGCUUUAUCUUAUUUCUUAUCUGUGUCAAGAGCUGCAAUAUUUGUUUUAACUAUCUGCAAAAUGGGGAAGCCACUCAGCAGACCAGACUGUUUACGUCAGAAUCCCCCAUGUGUAGGGAAGGGUGAAGAAGAGGAGGACCUAAAUAUCGAAGACUGUUACGUCCCACAGCGGUCAAUCUAUGAUACUGUUAGACUAAAUGAACAGAUAGACUCUGGUUCAAAAGGUAGUCUAUCUUCCAGGCAUUUUACAGAUCGAACUUUACCCUACAGUCACAGAACACUGGAUGUUAGUUCUUUAUGCUCUAAUGGUGCCCUUACUUCUUCCAGUGUAUUUGAGCUGAGAGGUCGGGAAGCUAACAAACUAGAUGAAAAGAUGAUCUUUGAUGCACUCAAACUAAAUAGUGAUAUCAUUAGAACCACAGGAUUACCUAAAGCCAAAUCUCAUGCGGAAAAGAAAGAGCAUAGACGGUCAUGGCGAAUGUUUGUCCCGGCCAAUUUUAUGGAUUAUGCAAACAAAAGUGAAAGCUCUUUUGUUGAACCUACUGAUAUGUCAGAUGCUGUUACCAAGGCCAGCAAGUGCAGAUGGGGUACUAAUUCUCUCACUUCGGAGGAGGAUGACUCUGGUUUAUGUAGCCCUCCAGCAGAGAGGGAAGAAAAACAGGGCAUUUUAACUGGAGACCAGUCACAAAUUAAAAGUUUGUCUUCUGCUGAAGAUAUUCUUGUAACAGACCAAUACAGACCAUUUUUUUCUGUUAAUUCCAUUAGCGAACAGAAAAUCCCACUGCUUUCAUGUCAGAGUGCCCACCCUGAUGAAAAUUUCAAAAUGAUUUUACAUGAUGUUUCUCCACUAGAGGAAGCAAAACGUGUCAAUGGUCAAAGGGAAAUCCACGAUGAAAACUGUUGCCUGCAGAAUAAUUUGAAAGAGAGCCCUGUGAACUGUGACCCAUUAAUUAUGCCAAGAAAUAGAGAAAAUGAGCAUAUUUUUAACCUUGGAGAAGAGGACAAAACAUAUGGACCUGGAGAAUCUCAAAUCACAGCACAAAGUAGGGAACUCUUGAAGGAUUCCCCUCAAGAUUUAGAUCUCUCUCACACAGAUCUAGGGGAGAGUGAUGUAGAUUGUGGUGGCACCAGCUUAGUAGAAAAUGUGACACUUUUGACACAAUAUAAUUCAGGAGAAUGCAACAUUGCAUCUAAAGAGGAAGUGGAGGCUCCUCUUUCUGCCCAGGAGAGCGAAAUGCUCUAUAAGAAGUACUCCCUCAAAUUCAUAUCAGCAAGAAAGAAAGCAGCACCCAGAAAAACAGGGGCCCAGGCAGGAAUAUUGGACACAGUCUGCAAUGGCUUUCAGUUGGUUCAGGUAAUUCAUGGAAAUAUGAAACUCUGCAAUGUCAAAAGUUUGCGGUUCUGCUAAAAGUUUGUGGUUCUGUUUCAGAGUGGUCACUAGUGUUUCUAAUAAUAAUCAAAUCCACACUUUUGUUUUGGGGGUUUGACUAGCACCCUGCAAGAUGCCACAUAUUGAUAAAUGGAUAAUUAGAACAAAUUAAUAGGGACUGUUUUGGAGAAGAAUUGUUAUUCCCAGCUGUUCAGGGUCCUGUUAUUGAUUGUGCAGAUGGUGGCCAUUCCCCUUCAUUUAGAAGGCCUCCACUGUGAAUAUAUGUUAAUGUUAGGCUUUUACACAAAUUGUGGUAAAGACACUGCCAUUUAAGGGCCAUUAUAUUGGAUUUAUUAAGCUUGAACAGGCUUAGUCAUGAAGGUACAAACAGUAUUAUAUUGUUAUGGCCUGCAAAGUACUCUAUCCACAUUAAGGACUUUUUUUAAUAUGUUGAAAAAUUUCUCUCAGGAGCUCUGCAUAUGAGAGUAGAGUUAUUAUGCUGUACUUUGCAGGCAUUAUAGCUCCCAACUUUUUGUGAUUGGUGAAUGAGGUAAGAAAGUAAAGGGUGCAGCCUUGUAAUAAGUAGAGGUUGCUUGUCAAGCCCGUAAUUUUUUUCUUCCCACUCAGAUUGAAGUUCAGCUAUUUUGGUACUUUUACUAAACUCUUCUGGUAAACUUUGCCUCAGAGGUAAUUUUAUUUUAUUUUAAACUUCUCUUCAUGCUUGUGUGCUGUGGGUUAGAUUGGGGGAAAGGCUCUCUUUGUAGGUAUUUUGUUAACAUUGAGAGAUAAGGAACUUAGACAAUAUCAGAACAGUUCCUCUUCUCAGUCUGUGAAAUAAUUGUUCUUGUUAGUUAUGCCCUUUUCUUAGACAUGCAGUAAAUGGCAUGCUAAUUUAAAAGCUUAGCAAAUUAACUUUUUUCUGUAAAGGAUAUUUCAGUUUAUUUGUAGAAAACAAUUAAAUCUUAGGGGAGUAUAUACUCUUUAGUAGUUAUCUUUUUAAAUCCUUAGUAUAUUUUUGGGGGCGCUUUAGAAAAUUAUCAGAUUUACCUAGAUCUGCUCCGAUAUAUACCCCUGAAAUUAAUUUAAAACCAAGAUCAGAGGUUAAGGCAGUUUAAUAGAACAUUAUUGUUAUCCUUUUGUCCUGAAAACUAUAUGAGGGAAAAUAAAACGUUUCCUUGAAUGCUUAUUUACAGGUUCCUGGAAUUUAAAAGGUAGCAGUUUUUGUACACCCCCACCCUCUACCCCCACUUUUUGAUAAGUAGUAAAACAUAUCCAAAGCUAUUAGUCCUAAAAGUUAUAACUUAGAAAGUGGUAUAGAAAUGAAAUUGAAUUAUAAUGCCAAAUUCUAUCUUCAACAUUUUGUUGCCAAGUUUCUGUUUACAUAUUUGAUGAAUUUUACCUUUUUGCAAAAUUAUGGCGACUUCCUAAGUUUUUCCUCAGUGAUUUGGGUGAAUCUUAUAAUUUAUUUGAUUAUAUGUAAUUGAUUUUUAAAUAUUUAUUAUUGUUAUAUACAAACUGCCAGUAUGGAAAUUAUCUAUAUAUAUUUUCUGUGGAAAAGGCAGUUUGAGUUUUUAGCUAGGAGGAGAUUUUAGAGAAAAUGAUCAUUAAUUUGUUUGCUGUUCUCUAAUUUACUCAUAUAUACAGUAACACAGAAGUAUCCUGUAUGCUAGGCCUUAGACCAGAGUCCGGAGGAUUUGUCUCCUGCAGCCUCUGCAUCUUUCAAAGUUAUUUUUCAUACUGUGUCUGUAAUUUUUUUCCUUAAGUGCUAUUUUAAUAUGUGCCUUUAUUAUGUUUCCAUGUAUUAUGAUUAACUGUCAAAUCAUUGGUAUAUUUAUAUAGUGCCCUUCAGGAUAAUGACUCAGAAUCUCAAACUAUGUUUUACCUUAAUAUCUAUGUGAAACUUUCCUUCCUUAGUUCCAAUAAUUUAUUUUCCUCAUGGCAUCCUCCAAGCCCUAUAUUAAAAACAUAUUAUCUAUGAAAGAGUUGGCUCAUACCUGUGAUCCCAGCACUUUGCAAGGCUGAGGUAAGAAGGUUGCUUGAGCCCAGGAGUUUGAGACCAGUCUGGACAACAUAAUGGGACCCUGUCUCUACCAAAAAAAAAAAA